UCUCUUCCGGGUGCCCAGCCUCCCAGCCUCUUGUAACAGCCAGAAACACGCGACCUGGGGGUCCCGAUAUUGUCCUCACGUACGAACACUACCUCCUCUCCUCAUGCGCUACUCCUGCAUGCGCGUGCAUUACUCUGGAUAUCCGUACACCCUCGCGACAAGAAGUAAAUUGUCGCCCCAGACCCCCAGACCAGACGCAGGCGCUGACGCCGAACCCCACGACGGCGAGUGUACAGGGCAACCGUCAACGGUGCCCCUCCCCCUCCUGCUUCUCCUGGAACCCUCCCUCCCCUGCUUAGCUCCUCCUUGCCGCUUGUUUUCCAUACAAAUCACACAAGCCCAAUGUUCGCCUCACCUCGUCGUUUACUUGUCUACCGGCCACACCUACCAGCACAUCACGACGACGUUUGCCUUAGCUUACCCCGGCCAUACAUAUCAGACUUCUAACCGCACUGCCGUCAAUACACACAUAUCUUGCGCCUACGUCGUCCGGCAUCAUCCUAUCCUACCUACACCACAUCUGUCCUACCGAGACGCAGGGCGGUCCGACUCAGCUUCGCUGACGCACGUUACACUGCCACCCCGCCUUGGCCUAAGGCGGAUCGGAUCACCUUACGCGCCAGAACCAUCCCUCCAUCGUCAAAAGAAAACAACUGCACACGCGCUGCCUUCCUCGUCUGCCUGGCUACCGUCUAAAGUGAGCCCAUCCGGCCUUGCCAGUCCAUGGGAAGGAAACCACCUCUCAGGCUCGACCUCUGUCCCCCUAUUCCCGAAUGACAGCAAAUACACCGCAGUAGCACCACCUACACACACCAGUCACCUACCGACGGCCUCCCGAUUGGGGUUCGAGAUUCCUCCAAAAGGCCCGUCGAGUCCCGGCCGAUCCUGCGUCCUCCGCCCCCCGUCACUCUCGUCUGAACAUGGUCUUGCCCACCAUUGCUUCUCUGCACACUUCCACCCUUCAUCGUCACAACGUCUGAUGUCUCAUUUUGCGUGCGGCUGCCUGCAUACUGUCCGUAACGCUCGAGUUGCAACCGGACGUCCACAAAAGGACGCCCCUCGUCAUUCUUGUCUCGCGGUGCCCGCGCCCGGCCACUUCCCAGCCGCUGUCAACCCAAUUUAGCUCAGACCCGGCACCAAACCUGCCCAGAACCAGGCUAGACAUUGACCGUCUUUCGCUCCAAGGCCCAUCCUUGUCCCCCGCCUGGUUCGCUCCCGGUCAAAGCUUGCGGGCCUAU